AAAAGUAGUAAAAAUAAAAUGCAAUGUGGAUAUGUAUUAUAUUAAUCUUGAGUGCAAUUAUGAAUUCCAAAUAAUAUGUAAAACGCAGCGACUAUUUCUACGAUUUCGAAUUCGUUAUUCGUCUAGAAUGUCUAAUGGGCAGUACCCAACGAUUACGGUUUCGAUAAUUUUUAAUAAGACACACCUGUCGAGAAAAGAGGGAUAUUAAUGGAACUCUGUGAUUUUAUAAUAUACGAUCUAAGAAAUAUCGAUAUACAAGCGAUAUAUUUACGUCAUCGAAGGGAGACCAAUACGUUCGUAAAGAAGAUGAUCGUUUGAACAUAACAACAAACGAUAUUAUCGAAAAUUUCUCAAAGAAGCAUUACAGGAUUGGCUGGAAUUGUAAUAUGAGAAAUAUGGAAUACCGUGGAUUACUUUAGGAACGUUCAUAAUUUUGGAGACGUUGGAUAACUGCCGUAAAGUGCCAGUAGAGGGGAUACUCGAUUAAGUAGAGCCUUGGAGAGUUUUGAGGUUAUAAAAGGCCUUUUUGGAAGAAAGUAACGGCAGUACCGAAGGCUAUUCAAAUAUUUUCCAGCAACGUGAAAACAUCUUCCUCAUCAGGGAAUACACAGCUAUGAAAUUGGUUAUGUGAGAAGCAAGACGUUCUCGCGAGUGAAUUCUAUGUCAAUAACAUGUCGGUUCCAAAUAUCGUUAGGGUAAUGCGGGUGCAUAGGCUGGCGGAUUUGGAUGUCUGACAAAUAUUUAUGAAUGUAUGGGAUGAUUUAUUGAUAUUUACGUUUGAACAUGGUGAAGGAGAAGCCAAAUUCAAUCCGUAUCUACGAUUCGGAGGGUUAUAGGCGCAGAGCUGCAUGCAUCUGCGUCAAGAACGAUCUCGAGGAUGAGGUUCUUUUGGUUACGUCCAGUCGAAGGCCUGAUAGUUGGAUUGUACCUGGUGGUGGUGUAGAGCCUGAGGAAGAACCAGCAGUUACUGCACUUCGAGAAGUCAGAGAGGAGGCUGGUGUACUAGGACAAUUGGGUCGUUGUCUUGGCAUAUUUGAGAAUGUGGAACACAAACAUAGAACACAGGUAUGGGUAAUGCGGGUAACCGAGGAGCUGCCAGAAUGGGAAGAUUCACGUGCUAUCGGUCGGAAACGGAAAUGGUUCUCUAUAUCAGAGGCUCUGCUUCAACUGGCAAAGCACAAGCCCGUCCAGCGCUCGUAUUUACAUAGCCUCCACAAUACUAAUCCACGGCAUAAUCCUAAUAUUCCACCAUCUCACCAACUAUUCAAGUGAUAAAUAUUUCUAGCAACAAUAUCCAUUUUAAUAAACACAGUUAAUAUCACACGCCACUCAUUUGCAAAAGCAAAUGUCAUUGAGAUUUGAUCUAUUUGCUGCUACUUUACCUCUUCUCCUAAAGGGAUUACAAUUAAUAUCAUUGUAUUUUAUACGUAAAAUAAUAUUAUACUUACUGUCCUUAUUAUUAUGUUUAUUCAUAUAGAUUGUGUUAAUAAACUGGUCCAUAAAGGAGCAGUUUCACUAAUUUGAUUUCCUAUUGUUGAUAAAAAUUUUAUAAUAAAACAUUUUAAGGAUUUUUGAGUUACAA